UGAAAAUGCACCAAACGCACCCGUCCUCUCAUACCCACAUUCAUCCCUCAAUUCGGUUCUCAUCCUCUCUCUCUCUCUCCACACCCUUCUGCAUUCUGCCAUGUCUUCUCUGUUAGAUCCAUAAACCCCACUCCCCGAUCCUCUCAAUUUUCUGUUCUUGCGCUUAUACAUCGCUGUAAAUAUACCGGUAGUUACAUACCUUGAAAUUGCAGGAAGAUGGGUUCUGCCGGGCUAGAUCUGAAAUCCACAGUCUACUCAGAGCCGGUGGACCAAUUCGACCGCCUCCCGGACUCUCUAGUCCUCUUCGUAUUCAACAUGAUCGGCGAUGUCAAAGCUCUCGGCCGAUGCUGCGUUGUUUCGAGGCGUUUCCAUUCAUUAGUACCACAGGUUGACAACGUCGUCGUUCGAGUCGACUGCGUCAUCUCAGACGACGACGGCUCUUCGCCUUCUUCUACUUCCGCCGCGACCGACAAGUCUCGCCAUCCGAUCUCUUCUGUAAUUCGUCUUCUAGUUACGGGUCUCCUCAAGCCUUUCCAGUCUCUUACCCAAUUCAUCUCCGCAUCCAAUCCCCCGCGGCGCGUCACGGCUUCUCCGGCACUCGAUGACGGCAGAUUCGACCAAAACUCCGUCACUCACCACUCACCGGCACAGGUCUUGAAGAAUUUUGAAGAAAUCAAAUACCUACGAAUCGAAUUGCCGAGCGGAGAACUUGGAAUCGACGACGGCGUUUUACUGAAAUGGAGAGCCGAUUUUGGGUCCACCCUCGAUAAUUGCGUCAUCCUUGGUGCUUCAUCGGUGACUCACCGCACCACCACGGGUCAUCAAAUCGCUACCCGCGACGAGCAGAGUGAAGUAAACACCGAUAACAACGGGAGCAUACCGGAGUCAUUUUACACCAGCGGAGGUCUGAAACUACGAGUGGUUUGGACGAUAAGCUCUUUAAUUGCCGCUUCUGCCAGACAUUAUUUACUGCAGCCGAUAAUUGCAGAACACGUAACCCUAGAUAAUUUGACAUUGACUGACACGGAUGGGCAGGGAGUUCUGUGUAUGAAUAGGGACCAACUGGAGGAGCUAAGAGUGAAACCCCUUUCUGCUUCGUCGGCAUCAAAGAGGACUAUGGUUCCUGCUCUGAAUAUGCGUUUAUGGUUCGCCCCACUUUUGGUGUUGCCUGAUGGGACUGUUCUGAAAGGUGCGACCUUGGUGGCUAUUAGGCCAAGUGAACAACAAAAGAAAGAUGUGGUUAGUUCAGAUGGAAAUUGGGUAGCUUCUGCUUUUGAUGAACCUUAUGGAACGGCUGCUAGGAUGUUGGUGAAGGGGAGAACCUACUGUCUGGAAAUGAACUCCUUCUGAUUUCAUAUUCUAACCAAAUCAAGAACUUGUUCCAUGGAUCUCUGAGAAAGAUUGCUGCUUUUAAUGAAAGUGGAUCUGAAGCCUCUUUGAAGCAUGAAGAAAAGUACAAUUUUUGUUUUGAGGCAGUAGCAGAGUUCAUGGAGCCCCCUUCACAGAUGAAUUGUAACAGAGAAGUGAAUUGCAUUCCUGUGAUAAAAUGCCUACUGGAACCUGAUACUGGCUAUUCUAUAUGUGUUGUUAUGCACCAUAUAAAAAUGGAUAAUAAGCAUAUGCUUUACGCUUAUUCUAUGUAUAUGCUUUAUGCACUGAGAAAAUGGUUAAUGGUUUUGUUGUUGUUGACUUGUGUAAGAGAUAUGUUCGUAUGGUAUUGCCAUGAUUUACAUUUAUUUGUUUCCUCUGUGAAUAUUUUUCAUAUAUGUUAUGGAUGAUAUACUAUGUG